UCCACUAUCAACUCCUUUGUCUUUGCGACGUUGAGUGUGAGAUGGUUAGAAUAAGAUAAAGAUAAACAGCUUCCUGUCUGAUAUAAACUUGGUUUAACUUGAGCUUUUCUGUUUCAAGAUGUAUUUUUGAUUAUUCUAAUAACAAUAACAACAAUAAUAAUAAUGAUGAUAAUAACUGAUUUACUGUUUCAUUACUUUUCUGGUUGCCAUACUGAAGAAGAACGGCCCAAAUACAAGCCACUUACGCAACUCGGUGCACCAAAAAUCCCAGAGGGAGAGAGGGUUGACUUUGAUGAUAUCCAUAGGAAAAGGAUGGAAAAAGAUCUUCUGGAACUACAGACACUGAUUGAGGUCCACUUUGAGCAGAGGAAGAAAGAAGAGGAGGAAUUGAUUGGACUCAAAGCAAGAAUUGAAAGCCGGAGGGCAGAAAGAGCUGAGCAGCAGCGUGUAAGGGCUGAAAAAGAGCGGGAUAGACAGACACGGAUAGCGGAGGAGCGGCAGAGGAAAGAGGAUGAAGAGGCAAAGAAGAGAGCAGAUGAUGAGGCCAAGAAGAAGAAAGUUCUCUCCAACAUGGGCGCUCACUUUGGAGGGUUCCUAGCAAAGGCAGAGCAGAAACGGGGUAAAAGACAAACUGCAAGGGAAAUCAAAAAGAAGACACUGGCAGAAAGACGCAAGCCACUGGCAAUUGAGAGCCUGAAAGAGGAUGGCCUGAGAGAGCGAGCCAAGGAGAUGUGGGAAUGGAUCCACCAGCUGGAGUCAGAAAAGUUUGAUCUGACUGAGAAGAUGAAGAGACAGAAAUAUGAGAUCAAUGUCCUCCUGAACAGGAUCCAACACGCUCAGAAAUUCAAAAAGGGACAUGGCAAGGGAAAAGUUGGAGGACGUUGGAAGUGACUUCAUACACACACAGACA